AAAACGUUCCCAGGUUCCAGACACCCUGCAACCUGCACAUGCAGCUGCUCCAAGCUGCAGUAGAUCUGAGUAUUUUCCACUCUGCUGUCAGACUCAUUUGAAUACACAAAUGAUCUUACAGCCAGCUGAUGUCUUUUGCUUUGACACGCACACCAGACGAGGAAGUUUGAGAGUCCGUGUAGUGUGUUGGCUGAGUGUGUCCGCCUCCUUGUCUUCAUUUCCUGAAUCCUGCUCCUCUGAUUCACAGCGACAACAUGGGAGCCUGAAGGCGCAGCGGCACAGGACCGAGACGAAACUUGAAAAUGAAGCUCCGAGCCCAGCUACAUUCGUACGCCGCCUGAAAAUAUCGGCCAAUGGGCUGAGGGCGUGGGCGGGGCCAGGAUGAGUGCUGAGUCGCUAUUGGAGGAGAGGCUGAUCAAGCGUUCGCAACAGAAGAAGAGGACUUCGCCGUUGAACUACAAGGAGAGACUGUUUGUCCUCACCAAGAGCAGACUGACAUACUACGAUGGAAGAGCUGAGAAGAAGUUCAGGAGAGGCUCAAUCGAACUGAGCCGCAUCAGAUGUGUGGAGAUCGUAAAGAAUGGAGGAGGGAUCAUCCCCUGCGAGAACAAAUACCCCUUUCAGGUGGUUUACGAUACCAACACCCUCUAUGUAUUCGCUCCGAGUCACAACAGCAGAAGUGUUUGGGUCCAGAGCCUCAAAGAAGAGAUCAAAGAUAACUCGGCGGUCUUGAUGAAGUUUCAUCCUCAGUUCUGGCAGGAGGGGGCGUGGCUCUGCUGUCGGCAGGCAGAAAAACAAGCGGUUGGCUGCGAGGAGUACAAUCCGUUUGGAGACAUUUCAAGGAAACCUUUGCCCCCGAUUCCUGGAGAGGAACCUAAAGAAGUGAGGUCUCGCCCUCCGCCUCCUCCCGUCCCUCCGGAUUCUGAGAAUGAUGACAAGGAUGAAGAUGAUGAGGAGGAUGAGGUGGUGGUGGUGGCUCUGUACGACUUCCCGGGCACUGAGCCCCACGACCUGAGUCUGGUCAAAGGAGGUGAAUAUGUUAUCCUGGAAAAAUGUGACGUAAACUGGUACAAGGCACGCAACAAGUACGGCGAGGAAGGCUACAUCCCAAGUAACUAUAUAACUGAAAAGAAAUCCGGAAACCUGGAGCAGUUUGUUUGGUACAGUAAAAAAGUCAACAGGAACAAGGCAGAAGAACUUCUGAGGAAGGAGGACAAAGAAGGAGCCUUCAUCGUCAGAGACUCCAGCACAGCAGGAACCUACACCGUUUCUCUUUAUGCCAAGUCUGUCGCAGGGGAGGGAGGUGCAGCAAUAAAACAUUACCACAUUAAGGAGACACAAAGUUUACCCAAACAGUUUUACCUGGCUGAGAAACACCCAUUCAGCUCUAUCCCCGACCUGAUCGAGUACCACAAACACAAUGCAGCAGGUCUUGUAGCCAGGUUGAGAUAUCCAGUCAGAAAACAAGACAAAUCAGCUCCAUCCACCGCUGGAUUCAGCUACGAGAAGUGGGAGAUAAAUCCUGGCGAGCUGACCUUCAUGAAGGAGCUGGGUAGCGGUCAGUUUGGCCAGGUGAGGCUCGGAAAGUGGAGGGCUCAGCACAAAGUGGCCAUCAAGGCCAUCAGGGAGGGAGCCAUGUAUGAGGAGGACUUCAUCGAAGAGGCCAGAGUCAUGAUGAGACUGUCCCACCCUAAACUGGUGCAGCUGUAUGGAGUGUGCAGCCAGCAGAAACCCAUCUACAUCGUCACCGAGUUCAUGGAGCACGGCUGCCUGCUGAACCUCCUCCGGCAGCGGCGGGGCAGCUUCAGUCUGGGGUCCCUGCUGAGUAUGUGCCUGGAUGUCAACGAGGGCAUGGAGCACCUGGAGGCCAAUGGCUUCAUCCACAGAGACCUGGCUGCCAGAAACUGUCUGGUGAACGACGCUCUGGUGGUGAAGGUUUCUGACUUCGGCAUGGCCAGAUACGUGUUGGACAACCAGUACACCAGUUCAUCAGGGGCCAAGUUUCCAGUGAAGUGGUCGCCUCCUGAAGUCUUCAACUUCUGCAAAUACAGCAGCAAGUCAGACGUGUGGUCCUUUGGUGUGUUGAUGUGGGAGGUUUUCACUCAGGGCCGCAUGCCGUUCGAACAGAAUCCCAAUCACGAGGUAGUUUCCAUGGUAACCCAGGGUCACCGCUUGUACAGGCCCAAAAUGGCAACACCCACCAUCUAUGACAUCAUGCAGCUCUGUUGGCAUGAGAGACCAGAGGAGCGACCAACCUUCUGUCAGCUUUGCCUCAUGAUCUCCAACGCUCUGGAAAGUGACGUCCCUCCACCGAGCUGCUCGACAUCCCCGACUACAGGAACCUGAUGACUCUUGGAGGUGCUGUGGCGAUCGUCAUCUUAAUUAUGCCAGAAAAGGAAGGAAAACCAUGAUGCUCAUGGUGCUUGGAAUGAACCGAUCACAUCACGUGUUCACCGAUGUUCAUCCACCAACCACCUUCACUCAUCCGUAAGCCUGGAACAGCUGCACUGGCAGCAGCAAAACUGCAUUCACAACACAUGUUGGAUUAGUUUUAGGGUGAAUAACGCCAACAUGAACUUACAAAAAACAAAAUACCAGGAUGUCAUAUUGGACACAAGAACCUGAAUGUGCAGCUGAAUGGAUCCAGGAUCUGCUGUAGGGUUUCCUCCCAGCCAAACAUGUAGAGAAAGAGGCACAAAAACUGUAUUAAUAAAUCUUUUCAACUGUGUGAACUGUCCAAGGACUCUCACCCUGUCAUCAUGUGUGUUUGUUGUGUAAUUUACCUGCAUACAAAUGUGUUUCUAUGUGAUUCCCAUCAUAUUCUGACCAACAAGUCCAUAUGAUUCUUUUUAAGGUUUUUCAAUUUCCUUUCAUGGUACAUUCUGGGGCCGGCUGAAAAUCUUGUUAUUUUACUUCUGUUUUUAAAGGUUCUGACUGAUAAAUGGCCAUUUUGGUGAUUUUUGUGAAAGAAAACAUGCCUUACAAACCUGCGAGUUUGUUUUCUUGAAACCUCUUGUUGAGGUUGUAAAAAUGUCAGUUGUUAAAAAUCCGUAAUAUGUAGAGCCUCCAUUUUUUCCAGUGUUAGCGUCAAAAAACAGUCACCAAGACUGAAAAUGACAAAAAAAAGAGAAAAAUUACUGACAUAAAACCCACUGGACCAAUAAAAUAAAUGCAACAUGCA